UGUCAUAAUUGUCAAAAAUCUCGAUUUUCCUGUUUCCUUCGAUGAAAUUUUUCGCGAUUUCUGCAAAACAAAAAUAACUCGUAAUACGACUUGUAGGAGUUGUAGUAAGUAAAGGAAAGGACUUAUAUUCAUCAUGUAUCGUCUACGAACGGUGUUGAAUGUUUUGCAAAAAGUACAAUCAGCACCCAACGCUGUGCGUAUGAGCAGUGCUUCAAACACAACGAUGGAUACGACGUACAUGGAAAUUCCUGUUUACGACAUCAACAAGCCACAAACUUUACAAAAACGCAAGGCAAGACUUCAUUAUCAAUCUCGCAAAAGAGGAAUGCUUGAAAAUGAUCUUCUACUGAGUACAUUUGCAAAGAAAUUCCUGGAUGGAUUUAAUGAAGAGCAGACUAUGAUGUAUGAUCGCUUAAUCAAUUCUCCCAGCAACGACUGGGACAUAUUCCACUGGAUUGUAGAAAAGAAACCAACUCCAAGUGAAUUUGAUAAUGAAAUAAUGGAUUUGCUCAAGAAGCAUGCUAAGAAUGAAAACCGGGAGUCAUUGAGACAGCCUAAUCUACACUAAACCAAAAUGUUACAUACAUCAUCUUAAUAGUUUUAAUAGUUGUUGAAUUUUUUGAUAAGUAGGUAGUUGAAUGGUAUUAAUUUCAGUAUUGUAGUUUUAACAAUGAUAAAUAAUGAAUAUUAAUUGUAUUUAACAGCAUUU